CUUCAACAUUGUCAGAACUUGUCAGCAUUGCCAGAGUCAAUUGGUGAAAUGGAAGGUCUGAUGCAUCUUGACUUAUCAAGUUGUUGGAGUCUGAAAGAACUCCCACAUUCGUUUGUGAGGCUCAAAGAGUUGGUAUAUCUGGACUUUUCAUACAGUCCUGGUGUUUUAGGAAUACCUGGAUCUUUGGCCGGCCUUACCAAACUCCAACAUUUGGGAUUAUCAAAAUGUAAAAAUCUCGGAGGAUUGCCCGAAGUCAUCGGCAAUCUCAGUGAGCUCCGCUAUCUGAAUCUAUCAGACUGCAUGCAUCAUAUCUUCUUUGACGGCUCGUCAAUAGAUCAAACCGAGAGUUUUAUUGACCAUAUUUGCACCCUUCCUUAUAUGGAGCACCUGGAUCUGUCUUGUAAUGGUUAUCUUAUAAGUAUACCAGAGAGUGCUCGUUGCCUCAGGAAACUAGUCCUUGACAAGUGCAGGCAAGUUGCCAGGCUUCCAGAAUGUGUGGCUAAAAUGGACCCUCGAAGCCUUUUUGGCUUAUUGUUGCCAACAUUUUCUGUAACUGCAGAUGACAGUAAAUGUAACACCAACCUUGGCUUGCUUGAGCAUAUAAAUCCGGAUGAGCUAAAAAUUGAGAAACUUGAAAAUGUAAAGUUCCGAGAAGAGGCACGCAAUAUAAAGCUGAGUGAGAAACAGAGGAUUGGAGAACUGAAAUUAAUCUGGGACCCACAAGCUAAGAGAUCUGUGGAUGACAUGGAGUUGUUGAGGGAGCUAGUGCCACCAACCACUUUGAAGAGGUUUGUGAUAUGUGGUUAUAGUAGUGUCAGCUUUCCAGACUGGCUAAUGAGUAUUGGCAAUUAUCUCCCUAAUGUUGUCCGAAUGGAGAUGUUUGAUUUGCCCAACUGCAACAGUUUUCCACCCCUCGCCCAACUACCACCAAACCUCCGGGUGCUUACUCUGAAACGCAUGGAAAGCCUGGAAGAAUGGAACACGACACUCUCUAUUGGUGAGGAUGAGCUCAUGUUCCGUAAGCUUGAGAAAGUGAAUAUACAUUUUUGCCCCAAGUUGAGGAUAACACCACACCUUCCUAGAGCUGCAUCUUGGAGUAUAAUGGAAAGUGAUAAUUUGCUCAUAUCAUGGGCCGAAAGCGUGUCACACAAUGGUGCUUCCUCAUCUUCUCCAGUAGGAGUAUCUACUAAUCUGGCAGUUGAAAGCAGCAAGGUGCCUCUGCGCCAGUGGGCAUUGCUUCACCAUCUACCUGCCCGCAGUGAUUUGGACAUCCAAUGUUGCAAUGAUUUGACAAGCACACCAGAGAUCACCUGGGCGCUCCAGGCCCUCAAAUCACUGACACUGCAGUUCUCUGCCCAAUCAAAACUGCCGGAAUGGUUAGGUGAGUUGACAUCUCUUGAGAAACUAGCGAUAGUGUACAACAAGGAGCUAGAGGAAUUGCCCGAUAACAUGAGGCGACUGAAACAGCUACAAUCAUUGACACUGGAUGCCUGUUGUAGCUUGGAACGUCUGCCACUAUGGUUAGGAGAACUCACCUCUCUCAAAAAACUUGCAAUUUUUGGUUGCAAUGCUAUCACGACAUUGCCAGAUAUCUUACAACAGCUCAUAAAUCUCCAAGAAUUAGAAAUUGUCGACUGCCCUAACUUAGAGCAGUGGUGUGAAGCAGAGGAGAACAAGACGAUGCUUGCUCAUAUAGAACAAACGAGUAUCAUCUCUUUGUAUCUUUCCCCGAUGAGGGAAGCCAUUCCCGCCACCUCCAGCCGCCGCUCUUUCCCAUUCUGGUGGCCUUGCUGCAAACAAUGAUAAGAAAGUGAUAAUGGAGAAUAGAAAGCAGAGGCGUGAAUCAGGAUUUAGCCAUUCAGGCCGCUUGAUUGGGUCGGUUGACCUCAUGUCCAUCUGAAUCAAAACUCCAUAGUAAUCAUGACACCGCAGUUCUGACGUACUCCGGUAUGUGCCCUGAAAUAUAAAAUCUCAGAGGAAAUAUUUGUAUGUUACCUUGGGCAGUAGAUAUCGUGCUACUUUGUCAUUUGCUCCCCUUACAGUGAAAAUGUGAUCCAGUCUCGUACGGGGUGCUUCUCGUUUGGUUAUUAGUUCUAGAGGCAGAGAGCUAGCUGUUUGGCUUUCUUGACUCUGCAAGCAGUAUGUGGUAAUAUCACCUGGGCGCUUCAGGCCCUCAAAUCACUGACACUGGAGUUCUCAGCCCAAUCAAAACUGCCAGAAUGGGUAGGCGAGUUGACAUCUCUUGAGAAACUAGAGAUAGCUUAGCACGAGGAGCUAGAGGAAUUGCUCAAUAACACGAGGCGACUGAAACAACUACAAUCAUUAACACUACAAGAGUGUUGUAGCUUGAGACAGCUGCCGUUGUGGUGUUACGAGAACUUACCUCUCUCAAGAAACUGGUAAUUUUGAACUGCUCUGCCAUAAUGACUUUGCCAAACAGCAUACAACAGCUCACAAAUCUCCAAGAAUUAGCAAUUUACUUUCGCACUAACUUAAAGCAGUGGCGUGAAGCAGAGGAGAACAAGACAAAGCUUGCUCACAUAGAACAAAAAGUAUUUGGCAGAUUUUCAAAUUUCCAAGCCGUUCUGUCCAGAGGGUAGCCAUUCCCGCCAGCUGCCGUUCUUUCCUACUUGGGUGGCCCUUGCUGCGAAGGAAGAUAAGAAAGUGAUGCUGUAGAAAAGAAAUAAGUGUACUCCAGUACGCAGUGGCGGAGCUAGAGAAGAAACGUUGGAGGGGCGAAAGGCAAAUACAACAAUCUUGAGGGGGCCAAAAACUAUACCUUUUCUAAUUAAGCACUUCCAAGAAAAAUUCCUUCAGACAUUUUAUUCAGGUUGGGGGGGCAUGGCCCCUGCAGGAACACAUGUAGCUCCGCCAGUGCCAGUACGUUCCCUGAAUGAAUGAUGAAAUCGCAAACGCAUUCAAAGAAGAUAUACGAAGUCAAAGUGCGGGGAUAUUUGUAUGUUACCAUCCGCAGUACAGUAGAUAUCGAGUAGAUAUUUGUUAUCUGCUCCCUUGACAAAGAAAAUGUGAUUCAGUCUCUCGUAUAAUUCGUAAGAGGUUGUUUCUUGAUUGGUUA